AUGGGGGCCACAGGAAAGGGAAAAUUCCGUCUCUCUGUUGACCUUGCCACACAUUUUCGAGGAGAAAUAAUAAACUCGGAUAAAAUGCAAGUUUACAAGGGACUUGAGAUUGUUACAAACAAGAUCUCACACACUGAGAAAAAAGGUGUACAACACUAUAUGUUAGAUCCUGUGUUCAUGUUCAAAUAUAAGUAUGAUAGUUUCUUUAUUUGGAUUGAUGUUGAGCAAUCAGUCUUGAACCGUGGAGUUGACAUGAGGGGUGAUCAAAUGGUCAUAGCAGGGCUAGCGGAUGAGUUGCGACAGAUUUUCAUUCCAGAUGCAGUCUACACCAAAGAAAUCCGACAGUCCAUCGGUGAAUUUGAACCAGAUUCAGACUUCACAGCUGAAGAUUUUUGUUUGCAAGCUAUCAUCUAUAUAGAAAAAAUACUGAAGAGUCAACGUGUUCAAAUUAUUGUUGGAGGGUCAAAUUCGUAUAUCGAAAAACUUGUGGAAGAUCCUGUGUUCAUGUUCAAAUAUAAGUAUGAUAGUUGCUUUAUUUGGAUUGAUGUUGAGCAAUCAGUCUUGAACCGUAGAGUUGACAUGAGGGUUGAUCAAAUGGUCAAAGUAGGGCUAGUGGAUGAGGUGCGACAGAUUUUAAUUCCAGAUGCAGAUUACACCAAAGAAAUCCAACGGUCCAUCGGUGUCCCUGAAAUGGACAGAUACUUAAGGGAAGAAACAUAUAUAGAUGGAGAUGAUGAAUCAAAGCAGAUGAUUCUUCAAGCUUCAAUUUCAAGUAUCAAGCGUAAUACUCGUAUGUUAAUUUGUAACCAACUUGACAAGAUUCAACGAUUCAUAAGCGAGAAAAUGUGGUCAGUGCAUCAUAUUAUUGCUACGGACGUUUCCAAAGAAGAUAUAGAAGAAGAUCUUCACGAAGCAUGGAGGAAUACUGUUUUGCAACCAUUCCUAGAUAUUUGA